AUGGCAGGAAAAUCAAAACGUAAAACACCCUCUAAAAAAACACCUGUUGAAACUUUAUCACAACAAAACAAAAAGGAGGGAGAACAAUUGAAAAGAAAAAAUCCUAUUCUAAUCACAAAACCAAUUGUAUUAGGAAAUUUUGCAGUCGGAAUUAAAAAGAAGGAUGGUGAUCAAACUUGGUGUAAAUGGGUUUGUUAUGUGAGAGGACUGACUUUGGAUGAUGACUUGAGUUAUAUUUCACAAAUUACUUUUCAUCUUCAUGAAUCCUUCAGCCCACCACAGGAAACAAUCACCAAAGCACCUUUUGAAGUCGAAAAGGAGGGAUGGGGACAAUUUCCUCUACGAAUUGAGAUACAUUUCCACGAAUCAAGCGGAUUACAGCCACUAUCUCUUGACUAUGACCUUCAAUUACCUGCGGAAAGUCAAAAAAAGAAGAAAAAACCUUGUGUUUAUGAAAAAUAUGAGGAAUUACUUUUCUAUGAUCCUACAGAGAAAUUUGAACAGUUGUUGAGAGAGAAUACAGAGCAAGUUCAAAACUCUGUAAAGAAGAUUAAAUUAUCAACAGAGAUGGAAUUAAAAAAUGCAGAUCUAUCCGAAUCAGAACAAGAAGUCUCCCCUUUAACAUCCAAAAAACCAUCGGAGGAUAUUUCAUCUGCACCUUCGAAUAGUACUACAACUAAUAGGUUAUCAAUUGCUUCAAUGAUUGAACAAUAUGCUACAAUUAUUAAGGAGGAAAAUUCUCUUAAAGCACUAAAUGAAUUGAGUGAAAAACUGAAAGAGAAAAUCAAAGAAAAAGAAGACCCAUCAUUUAUCAAAACCGAAAGUUCUAGAACAAAAACAAAGAAAUCUAAAAAGCAAACAAAGAAGGAAAGUAGUGACGAGGAUGAUAGUGAUUAUGUUGAUUAAUUUAUUAUCAUGGAAUUGAAUUCUCUACGGUAUUGUUGCUUCCACUAUUUCCAUACUCUUUCGUCAAGAUAAAUCUACAAACAUAACUAAUCUUACAAAACACUUUCCAAUAGUAAACUAUUGAUUU